AUGAAUUCAUACGUGAAAUACACACUUAUUUUUAUAGCACUUGUUUCUAUAAUUAUUAAUGUAAUCUUCAUAUGCUUUAGCCUACAAAAAACGCCAAAAUGCAUUUCAAAAUCUGCAAAACACAUGGAGCACAACGACCACAGUCUGGUUUUUGCGGAUUUGUCUGCUGUGGAAUACAAACAGGUCAGAGAUUAUAUGUGGAAACAGGCUGAUUUAAACAUUUCCAAGAAGGCAACUGCAUCUCCGUCCGAAAACUUCAUUUUUCUGAUAGAUCUCUGCCUUCCAAAGAAAUCGGAUGUGCUUCGUUAUUUGGAUAUGAACGAAAAGAAGCCUGUUAGGGAAGCCUCAGUAGUGGUUUUGUAUGGCUCUCUUGGAAAGAUUGAGGAGUAUGUCGUGGGUCCCCUACCGCAGCCGACAUACCAUAAGACUGUAACUUUGCAAAAAUACAAAACUCGACCACCGAUAACCGCAAGACCUGUUACGACCGGGGAAUAUAUGCAACUCUUUGAAUUCAUUGCUAAAAAGGUAUUUAUAAAUCUAAUUAAACUGCUCAUAGAAAGUUUUAAUGUGUCGCAGGAAAAUAUUUUGCGUCCAUUUGAGGGCCUGCCCAGAGGCGUGAAAUCUGGCGACAGGCGGACCUGGAUCGCAUUCUUCCGAGAUUAUAGUGGCAUGUACAUACACCCCGUCGGAUUUGAGGUCCUGAUUAAUCACAGCAACACAAACUGUGAGUAUUGGACUGUAGAUAAGCUGAUGUACAACGGGCAGUAUUUUGAUACCGUGGAAGAACUUAAAAACAAGUAUGAAGCAGGAAACAUUAUUAAAAUAGUUUAUACUCCUAUAGGAAAUUAUGCGUCAUUGAAACCUAGAGUGAAACCUGUAGAAAUAAGCCCUCAGCAAUAUUAUCCCCAAGGUCAACGCUUUAGUAUACAUAAAAAUCAGGUUUUGUACCUAAACUGGAGUUUUGCGUUUGGUCUCAGCUCCCUCACUGGCAUGCGAGUGUUUGAUGUGCGCUUUAAGGGUGAAAGAAUUGCCUACGAGAUCAGUGUUCAAGAGGCCAUGUCAGUGUACGGCUCCAUCACCCCUGGGAUGAUGCUGACAAAAUUCCUGGACUCCAGCGUUGGGAUCGGUCGUUUUGCGCAUGAACUGGUCCGCGGCAUUGAUUGUCCAUACACCGCCACCUAUGUAGACACUUACCGUUACCUCGAUUUCAAUGCUGCCCAAAGGUUUCGAAACUCCAUCUGCAUUUUCGAGCAUGACACCGGCCGCCCCCUCAGGAGGCACUUUUCCGAUUUUUUCCAUUCCGGUUAUGGUGGCAUGCCAAACACUGCAUUGGUUUUGAGGACUAUCACAUCCAUAGGCAACUAUGAUUACCUGUGGGACUUCAUUUUCUACCAGAGUGGAUCUAUUGAAGCUAAAGUACACGCAACUGGCUAUAUAUCUUCAUCUUACAAAGUAAAAGGUAAUCUGCAGUUUGGCCACCAGGUGGCAGACCACACCAUUGGCAAUAUUCACACUCACUUCGUGAACUUUAAAGUUGACCUGGAUGUCUUGGGGGAAAAGAACAUUUUUCAGACAAAAGAUAUGGAAUUUAAGGAAGUGGAGAUACCGUGGGUCACUGGGAAAAAAGCAAAAAUCCCCCAUCUUGUGGAGAAGCAAAUAAACACAGAGAAGGAGGCUGCCAUGCGCCAUGACGUAAAAACACCACGCUACUUACAUAUCGCGAGCAACCGCACCAACCGCUGGGGCCACCAUCGAUCCUACAGGCUGCAGGUGUACAGCUUCACCGGAGACCACUUACCACAAACUGAGCCGGAGGAGAAGUCCAUGUCCUGGGCCAGGUACAAAGUGGCUAUUACGAAGUACAAAGAUGAGGAGCUCACCAGCAGCAGCCUGUACAGCCAAAAUGAUAUGUGGUCCCCAGCUGUGGACUUCAGCAAAUUCAUUGACGAUAACGAGAACAUUGUCCAGCAGGACCUGGUUGCCUGGGUCACCACUGGCUUUCUCCAUAUACCUCACGCAGAGGAUAUACCCAACACUGUAACCGUUGGCAAUGGAGGCGGAGUCAUUUUAAGACCCCAUAACUACUUUGAUGAAGAUCCAUCUGUCAAUUCUCCAGACGCAGUGUACAUCACCCCAAAAGCGGAGCAGAGCUGCGAGACUAACAGGAUGGCCUGCUUUGAUCAAGGAACAUGUAGCCCAACUGUACCUCCUUUUACAUAUAACGGCUUUGAUGGGUCCUUGAUCUCUGAGGAAUGAAGUCCUGUUGAAGGCUGAUACAGUAGGUUCCGCCCAGAAGUAAAAAAAAAAAAAAAAAACUAAUUUGCAGCUUAUUACCCACACAGGCUGCAGAGAGAAAAUUUUGCUAUUGCAUUUUUUUCAUUGGUACAUUUUGUUUUCUUAACAUUUUAUAAAAAAAUUACUUAGCCUUAUUACUUAUUACUAAUACAAAAUACACUAUUUUCUACAUAAACACAAUUUUUUGACAAAGUGAUUUUAUUGAUUUAAAAUUUUGAGAAAAUUUUUUAACAUGUAGCCUGUUAGCGCGUGGGGCAUUUCGUAUUAUAACGAAUGAAUAAUUACUUCGCAAAUACACUUUUAUGUGGAAAUUAAUUUUGAGUUUGACAGGUGCCCGCAUACACCGACUGUUUUGACCCUUCAUGAAGACUCCAGAUAGCAGAUCAUUUUAGAUUCAGUUAGACGUGCUGCCUUCCGACACACCUCUGGUCAGUUGUUAGAGUGGAGCACCAGCUUUCUGGUUAGAUAUAAUGAAGUUUUAGCUGUGUUGCUGAUCGGCUGCUUAAGGUUGAAUGCAAGGAUAUAAAAAGGAAGAUACAAGGAUGUACUCAACUGAGAUGUUUGUAAUUAUCCCCAUGGUGCUUCCGCAAACCGUAUGAACACACUGUCUCCAUCAGUAUUUUCUUAAAGAUCAAGGAAUGGAUUCUGGAAAUGCAUCAUUCAUAAUUUCUUUGCAAAUGUUAUAUAAUCUGUGUAAGAUUUGUGCAGGGCAGGUUAGCAAAGAGAAUCAUGGGAAAGGGGUGAAAGAGUAUGGACUUUGAGUUGUAUGGGGAGGGGGGGUUACAGAAGCACUGAAGAGAACAACAACAGGGAAAAAACAGCUGUUUCAGCAUCAGCAGGAAGUGAAGAGAAAACAAUACAGGAAUCAGGCUACAGAACAGGCAAGGGGGUGGGAUCAGGCAUCACAGUCUGGGUGAAAACAUUUAAGGUUACAUUUAUAUUGUUUAGCAAAGCGACAUAAGAGUGAGGUAAAAGCACAAACAUAUGUGCUGUCAGGGGGGCGACUUAGAAUAAGGGGCAGUAGGGUGAGCUUACCAUGAAUGCCCAUUUACAAGUGUAAUCAGGAUUGGAGAAGGAGCCCAACAAAACAAGAACCUAAUAAGACUACUACUCAAUCACCAGAAAGUGCAGCAUUAAAAAGUCAUUUCUAUAUGUUGGUAAUAAGACACUAGGGGAGUGAACAAGCAUGUGCAUCUUCAUCUCCUUUAGGUUUUACUCAAGUAUAUGAUAUCAGCACCACAGCCCACAUCUGCAUAUAGAUUUUAUUGAAACUCUUGUUGUUCUGGGUAACCUGAACUGGAUCUGUAAACAUCUCUCUCUCUAUUUGACUAUCCCUGCCGGCCCCUGGAGGAUGGGCUUCCCCUUUGAGUCUGGUCCCUCUCAAGGUUUCUUCCUUCUAGGGAGUUUUUCCUUGCCACUGUCGCCUAUGGCUUACUCACUGGGGGCUUUGGGUGAGGAUACUGUAAAGCGCUUUGAGACAAUGUAAUGUUGUGAUAAUGCGCUAUUUAAAAAUAAAUUUGUUGUUGUUGUAUUAAGUUUCGCAACCACUGAUAAAUUACAAAAAAACACGAGUACUGCCUGUUAGUUGCUUCAGAUAAAUGUAAUUGCUAAGCAACUACAACAAUUAAGCCAAUGUAAUAAACAACCCAAUGUUA